CACCCCCUUCCAUGUCAGCAGCGUUCGACACGCGAUGCAUUCGAGGGCUUGCGAAAAAGUUACUGAAAGCAACCAAAUCGGUUGUUAGUCAAUGACCGCUGCGCCGCCCGCCUGACCGACGCCCGCCGCUGUUUAUCUCAGGCAGGGGGAGUGGGAUGGCAUCGGCACCCUCCCGGGGAACGCGGCCCCCCUACAUCGCGCUGUCACUGCUUCAUGGCGACGAGGAGACGGAGGAUGAGGAAGGAGGUGGAGACGAGGAUGGCAGUGCCACCGAGGACGACCGACUGCUCAGCAUGCAGCGUGGGCUUCACUAUUUCACCGGCAGCAUCUCGUCACCUCUAGUGUCAAUGCUGACAUCACCAGUGUCACACACCGCUCAUCGCUGACAUUGAUUUUCAUCUCAUCCCUCUAUGUAGUAGGUCUUGUUCUCCCCCUGCCUCUAUGGAAUAUGCAAAACUCAUUUUCCUGCGUCCUGAUCAGCCCUCUAUUGUUGUAAUAGCCCUCCCCUAUUGUAUAGCUCGAGGGAGUAGCAGUGGCGCAGUUGUUAACGUAGUGCGCUAUGGACCUGGUUACAGUGGUCUAUUCCUGGUCAUGGCUAACAUCAGUGACGAGUGCUAUCUGAACUGUUCUUGGAUCCCCACGACACGAUCCAGCAUUGACCAACGUGGUGAAUUACGUCCAUACAACAACCCCCCAUAACUGACAUGAUGUAGGGAACCCUUCAUCCAGCAGUGAAUUAACAAAGGGCUGAAACGAAUAUAAAUAAUGAUCGUACAGCUUAAUAACAAUUGCAAUUGGCUAUCACGCGAAUCAUCAGUUUAUUAUGUUUUAUAUGUUGUCCCUACAUCAUGAGCGUCAUGUUGCCAUCAUCAUGAUGGCCUGCAUCUCCAGUACGAUAUUACCAUCGGCAUCACCAUUGCCAUUCUGCACUACAGAGACCAUUCUUUACCAACCACGAAAGUUUGAACUGUGUGUGCACAUAACCACUGCCACCAACAUUAUUACUGUCGUCCUUCUUGAUCAGAAACUGCCUUAACAUUGUGCAACAUCUGCUAAACUGUGUGAAUACAGAAUGUUACGUUGUAUUCCCUAUUUCCACAACCUAUGUAUAUUUGACUUCUUUCCCACCUGUACGUAGCCAACUGUGCUCAUCGGAGGUCCGGAUUUAAUUUAGGAAUUUUUCUUCUUCUUAUACAAAUAUGCUGUCUGUGUUUGUGUGUUUCCUAUGUUGGUCUGUGUGCAUGUACACCAUGUACAUGUGAACCAUUUCUACACCUGGUGUGUUACAAUUAUGCGUUGCAAUUGUUGCGCCAAUGAAAGAAAUGGCAACCGACACGUUUAAAUGUCGAAGUGUUCUCUGUGUAAAGUUUUUUGUCCAAAUGAAGUAUGUGGGAAAGUAAUCUUUUCAGAAUUCACAUGUUGGCUAUUUCCACUCCAGUGCACGACACCUUUACCUGUCUUGGGAAGCUCAGUUGCAUUAGUCCCAUGUGGUGGCUGCUGUACAUCUUUAAAAUGGUUAUCUUAAAUGAGCAUUUUCAAAUUGUGAUGGUCAAUAAUUGUGCAUAAUUCACAAUUCAAAGUGGUUUCCCACUUGGCUACUCAGCUGUGUACAUCCCUGAAUCGGUGCCAACAAUUCAAUUUUCCUAUGGCAUAGGUGAGCAUAAAUAGGAUCAGUAACCUGUUUAUUUUCUCUUAAUUUACUGUACAUAUCAAGGGAGACUUAGCUCCAUUAAAAAACAAACUGAUUUGUAUCACUUCCAAUCAUAUCGAUAUACAGGUACAUUGCGUACUCUUGCUUUGUGUAACUGGCUGCAGAAGCCUUCAGCCAGCAGUGCAUUUGACAAACGGCGACACUUCCGAAUUGCAUGCGCAAGAUCAAUGUGGCAAUGCAGAGGCAUUGGUGACGCUCGCCUUGAUCGAGAGGGACUCGUACAGAUGGCCUUGAGUCAGUGGGCACAUGUGGGGCAGCAUUGGUGUGGUCGUGUGGUUGGCAUGGGCCCUGGUGGAAGAAAUUAAAUGCUACCCCUACCCAACCCCGUCCAACUUCUUAAGUGUUCCACGCGUAUGGGCCUCUUCGACCCGACGUCGUUCCUGCCGUGGUCGCACCGCCUCAACGCUAUCGCAGCUUUGCCGCUGGCGAGAAUAGGAAUGCAGUCGCGGUCCCCGAAUCACAAAGCGGCUGUAACUGGAACAAAACCAGAGCGCGUACAGUCCUUCUACACAGGGGGCAGAGCUCCGAUCACUCAGACUGGGAGGUGGGGGGUGGUCUUGGGUGCUGCUCUAUGACAUCACCAGCCCUGAUCAUUGGAAGAGAGCUUCAGAGAGAGAGUGGGGGGGGAGUAGGGAUCGAGGGAGAGGCAAGGAGAGAGAGCGAGCGAGAAACCGCGGGGUAACGCGGCGUGGCACGGCGGGCAUGGCGUCCUCCUCGGGGAGCCCGGGUGUCGAGGACGAGGGCCCGCGGCUGUACGGGGACGGGGAGGCCUUGCCCCUGGGGCCCGUGAGGAUGCACGGGAUGUGGAAUGGCCGGACAGAUCCCUCGGAUGAUCCCCCUCCACCUGGCCUCGGUCUCUACGGAGACUUCCACACGAUCGAUUGGGUCCGCGAGAAGGCCCGCGACCGCCACCGCCACCGCAAGAUCUCGAGCAAGAAGAAGGACUCGCGGUGGGACUACGUGAAGUGGGUGCUGGACUCCUGGUCGGGGUGGCUUGUGGUGACGCUCACGGGGCUCGCCGCUGGUGCGAUUGCGGGUCUGAUCGACAUCGCAGCCGACUGGAUGUCGGACCUGAAGGAGGGGGUGUGCCUCACGGGCCUGUGGCUCAACCGCGAGCAGUGCUGCUGGGGCUCCAAUGAGACGACGUUCGAAGACCGGUACACCUGCCCGCUCUGGAAGAACUGGGCCGACUUCGUCAUCGGCCAGCCCGACGGGCCUGGCUCCUACAUCCUCAACUACAUCAUGUUCACGCUGGUGGCUCUGGCCUUUGCAGGCUUAGCCGUGACGCUCGUGCGGGAGUUCGCCCCCUACGCCUGCGGCUCUGGCAUCCCUGAGAUUAAGACGAUCUUGAGUGGCUUCAUCAUCCGCGGGUACCUGGGAAAGUGGACGCUGCUGGUGAAGACGGUGACGCUGGUGUUGGCGGUGUCCUCGGGCUUAAACCUGGGAAAGGAGGGUCCCCUGGUGCACGUCGCCUGCUGCUGCGGAAACAUCUUUAGCUACCUGUUCCCCAAGUACCGCACCAACGAGGCCAAGAAGAGAGAGGUGCUGUCUGCGGCAUCUGCAGCCGGGGUGUCGGUGGCAUUUGGGGCUCCAAUUGGAGGAGUCCUCUUCAGCUUGGAGGAGGUGAGCUACUACUUCCCCAUGAAAACGCUGUGGCGUUCGUUCUUCGCGGCGCUGGUGGCAGCCUUCGUGCUGCGAGCCAUCAACCCGUUUGGGAACAGCCGCCUGGUCCUGUUCUACGUGGAAUACCACACGCCGUGGUACCUGUUCGAGCUGGUGCCUUUCAUUGCGCUCGGCGUGUUCGGGGGCCUCUGGGGCGCAGCCUUCAUCAAACUCAACAUCGCCUGGUGCCGGCGCCGCAAGACCACGGGCCUGGGCCGCUAUCCUGUCGCCGAGGUGUUGGUGGUAACGGCGGUGACGGCCAUCAUCUCCUACCCCAACCCCUACACGCGCAUGAACACCAGCCAGCUCAUCUCGGAGCUGUUCACCGAUUGUGGGCCACUCAAGUCGUCGCCGCUCUGCGACUAUGUGUCACUGGCUUCCAAUGAUUCAGUGGAACCGGGCGCCGGCGGGGACGAUGUCCCGGACCGGCCCGCCGGCCCCGACGUCUAUACGGCGCUGUGGCAGCUCGCCAUGGCACUCGCCACCAAGAUCCCGCUCACCGUUCUCACCUUUGGCAUGAAGGUGCCGUCUGGCUUGUUCAUCCCGAGCAUGGCGGUGGGCGCAGUGGCCGGCCGGCUGCUGGGAGUGUGCGUGGAGCAGCUGGCCGUGCAGCACCGCGACUGGAUCUUCUUCCGCGGCUGGUGCCACGCGGGGGCCGACUGUAUCACGCCCGGACUCUACGCCAUGGUGGGCGCCGCUGCCUGCCUGGGAGGCGUGACGCGCAUGACCGUGUCACUGGUGGUGAUCAUGUUUGAGCUGACGGGUGGGCUGGAGUACAUCGUGCCCCUCAUGGCGGCUGUCAUGACCAGCAAGUGGGUGGGCGACGCGUUUGGACGUGAGGGCAUCUACGGCGCCCACAUCCGCCUCAACGGAUACCCCUUCCUGGAUGCCAAAGAGUCAGCGGGGGCUCCCUGCUGGGCACGUGACGUUAUGCGUCCGCGUGGAGACUCAGCCACCCUGGUGACGCUGCGCUCCGAGGGCAUGACCCUCCGCGAGGUGGAGGAGGUGGUGACGAGGUGUCGGCACACGGCGUUUCCCGUGAUGACGGGCACCCAGUCGCCACGUUUGGUUGGCAUGGUGCUGCGCUGCGACAUCAUGAUCGCCAUCGAGUCUGCGCGCAAGAAGCAGCCCGGAUUGUCCGAUAACUGCAUGGUGAGCUUCGGAGGGAGUGGGAGGUCUGGCUCUGAGAGCACCGAGGUGGCCGAGGGGUCUGGUGGUGAUGGCGUCACGGGAGAAACCCUGUGCCUGCGCUCCAUUCUGGACGUCAGCCCGUUCACGCUGACUGACCAGACACCGAUGGAGAUUGUCAUAGACAUCUUCCGCAAGAUGGGCCUCCGGCAGUGUCUCAUCACUCACCACGGGCGGCUUCUGGGCAUCAUCACGAAGAAGGACCUCCUGCGCCACCAGGCGCACGCUUCCAAUAUUGACCCGCCCUCUCGCCUCUUUGACUAGCGCCUGGCAAUUGAGCUGGGACCAGCCAUUACUUGUAUUGCUCACUGUCAUUAGCCCGUGACUAGUCACAAUCUGCUGUGACUAAUACAAUUAUUAACUAUCACUGACAAUGUUGAGUGGUUUAUGGCCAUGCCAAGCUGUGAAUAAUAAUUGGUAAAUGACUAGAUAUUACCAAUUCUGUCUAGCCAUACCAGGCAUUACUUACAUUGUUAGCUAUGAUUGAUUGUGAGUAGCCAUGGUGGGAUAUGACUGAUGGACUAAUGAUGGGAGUGAUGAUGUUUUUAGAUGUCUAUAUUUGGCAUACGUUUAUGUAUGCUUUGUUAAUGCCGAUGGCGAGUGCAAUGCUGAUGGUGACGAGAGUAGCCGUGAGUGUGCGUGGUGCGUGUUUUCUACGUACAAAAGUGCAAGCCGGGAAUCUCCCCGCGGGUUUAUUUAUGCCGGCGUUUAAUUUAACCUCGCGUGUUCUGAUCGUGCAGCAUUUGUGAAGGGCGUGAUUUUUGUCGAAAUUGUAGUUUUUCUUGGAGGCCGUGUCUUUGCAUCCCAGUUCCCUGGAGUUGGCUGCCUCGGCUCCGAAGGAGCAUAGCAAGCGGAAACAUGAUGCCUAAUACAGAGACGCAUUUCACUUGUUAUUUUAAUUGCCGUUUUAAAAUUUCUCCUGCCAUGUGGCUGUCUGACUUAAGCGUAUGGAGCGAAUCAAUUAAUUACUUAACCCAUUGAGGUUACGAUUUUGAGUUGGCUUGAUUGCGUCGCCUAGACCCAACUGAGUGGUGGCACAUAGGGGGGGUUAUCAUUACAUUGAAAACAUAAGAAACAACGUAUUGAAGGCAUUGCCUUACAAUAUACCAUCCUUUGUGCUUGAAAACGAUGAAGCAAUGGAUAAAAUCUAAGUAUUGUACGGUUAACCUAGCAUAGUAUGGAUGAACUGCUGUGGGACCAAGGCUUAAUUGAUAUUAUUUAAAAGACCAGUGGAGAACGUUGGGAGUAGUAGGUAUAAGUAGAAAAAAUAAAGUUAAUGCUUAGACAAAGAAUGACACUACGGCCUUCUCAUCCUUGUUUAGGAAUUAAAUGAUCUAAUGAUGGUACGUGGAGAGUGGUUGGAUACAUUUGUCUAGUGCCUGUAGAGGUGCCUAGAGGAAUUGUUGCCGUGAAAUGAAGCCUUGUGCAGAAUGUUGGUGCACACCGCUACAUCUGUGACUGUCCUCAUGGGAAUCCCAUGUUCUCCAGGGACAAACACAAAGUUCCUGCAGAUUCCCACUACAAAAGGAUGCACUCUAUAGCUAAAUAUUUUCACAUCCCUGGGGACUCAUAACAGUGAAACUCACUGUGCACAUGCGCACACUUCUUUCAGACAUUCAUGUGGGCCGCCACACAAAUGAGAUAAACGUUCACACCCUGGUUGUCGCUUCUGAGAGGUGCUUCUAAGGACACGUCUAGGCUGACCAUGGCAUUGUUUUGUCAAACAUUAAAAUUGAAACCUGAAUUGCU